ACAAAAAAAAUACUUCAGUCAGUCACAAGUUGAAUUUCCUACACAGAGCGAAAGUUCGAGCUUGCGUAUGUAGACGUACAGAUUACAUUUCUCUGCAUUCAGAAAGAAAUGUAUUUCUUAAAAGCAGUGUGACGCUCUAAAAGGCCUAACUUGUCUUUUAACAACGCAGUUUAUGUAAGUCACUUUUACAGUAACAAAUCCUUUCCGAUAAAGGGGGAAAUUAUUUGUGAAAAGCCAUGCAACGCUGUUGACGGAACAACGUCAGUGUCUGUUUAGUGUGAGCGCAGUGGACAGAGGGAGGUGCCUUCUGCACCCUCCAUAUCCAACUGUUCUUUUACGGUUAAUGUAGGACAAUCAUAUUCGAUCUCUUUAGUGUGUUGUAGUUCUGGUUUCUACAGUUAUUUGUUUUUUCGCAGUUUUAAUUUUAAUAUGUAUUUUUAAAUUUUGUGUAACACUGCGUGAUAAUGUGCAAGUGGUUGUUUCAAAGGCAAACUGAAACAGGUUAGGUGCCUCCCACCCUUUCUUUUGGGGAAGGAAUCAAAUCCAGUUCCUGACAAGUUCUCUUCUUUAGAAUACCGGGCAACGAACAAGGCCCAAAAGCUUAGAAACCCCAAGCGUUAUACACCAUCGCCAGAACCGUUUAGGAUUAAGUCUUCAGAUAUUUUCUCAGAUCCGGUAACGUUUAAUGACCAGGAACUACACGGCGUCAAGACAAUUGGCAAGGAUCUCCUCAUCUGAUAAAUUUCUGCUUUACAGUCUCUGGGAGCUGAACAGCCAACAUGCUGGAGGUCAUCCUUGGAUGGUUUGCUCUGGUCAUUCUUCUUGCCGUGUGUGCGUUCCUGGUCACGGUCCCGUACAAUCAGGAUCCCGUCCUCAAGUUAGCGGACCCAGAAGGCAUUAAAAGGAUUCCAGGACCAAGAAGCUUACCGUACCUGGGAAGUGUUCUCACGCUUAACGUUCCUCGGGAAAAAUUAAUAAAGAGAUUCGUGGAUAUGCAAAAUGAAUAUGGCGAUAUUUUUAAGAUGUGGGCAGUGGGAUAUCUGUACGUAUUCCUGAAAGACCCCGAUGAUAUUGAGACAAUUCUGAACAGCCGAAAACAUAUAAAGAAGAGUAUAGACUACCAACUACUUGAGCCAUGGCUGGGAACUGGACUUCUGACCAGCUCAGGUGAGAAAUGGCACUCACGACGCAAGAUUCUCACCCCAGCUUUCCAUUUUAAGAUACUGGAAGGAUUCAUCCAGGUGUUCAACGUAAACAGCGAAUUCUUGAUCAAGGACCUUGAGGCUCAGAUACAAGAACCGUUUGUGGACAUGAACGCUCACAUUACCAAGUGCACGCUGGACAUAAUCUGUGAGGCCGCAAUGGGCAUAUCUCUGCACGACAAGGAGCGUGAUGACAGCGAAUAUACCCGAGCUGUUAAAAGGAUGACGCAGCUGAUUGUUCAUAGACAGUUGUCUCCUUGGCUGCACAGACAGUUCGUAUUUGAUCUGUCUCCAGCAGGCCGGGAGCAAGCAAGACUGCUACGGACGCUUCACAGUUUCACUGGUCGGGUAAUCAGAGAAAGGAGGGCCGAGUACACAGCAAAUCUGGAUGCUGAAAAACACUUUGUGUCAGGGAAGAAAAGACAUUUGGCAUUUUUGGAUCUUCUCAUUGAAGUAUCUGAGAAGGAAGGUGUGCUCACAGAUGCCGAUAUAAGAGAAGAGGUGGACACUUUCAUGUUCGAGGGACACGACACAACGGCGGUCGCAAUUUCGUGGGCUCUGUAUUUCCUUGGUUCACAUCCCGACGUACAGGAAAAGGUUGUGACAGAGCUAAAGGAGAUCUUUGGGGACUCUGAUCGUGCAGCGACUUUUGAGGAUCUGCAAAGAAUGAAAUACAUGGAACAAGUGAUCAAGGAAACCCUGAGGCUGUAUCCCAGUGUGCCGGGUUUCAAUAGGAAGCUUGAUGUGGAUGUGAAACUGAAGAACUACACGAUUCCUGCAGGAGCAUUUGUUCCUAUUGCUGUCUAUGCGCUGGCAACGGUUUGCUGUACUGGAAGAGAAAACUGUAUUAUCGUCCGUUCUGAGGAAAUUUAAACUGGAAUCCCUGGACAACAGAGAAAAUAUAGAUGUGAUGUUCGAACUAAUUCUCAGACCGAAACAUGGCCUAAGAAUUAAGAUAACGCCAAGAGUCACAUGUAUUGAACAGAGCAGCUGGGUUGAGAUCAAGUUUAGUGUGACGCUGGGAGCGCAGGGAACAAUACCGACACGGCUUACAAUUCUCGAAGACCUUCUUAGGGCCGACAUCCUACGAAAUAAGAUGCUGGAUUGGGUGCUAACUGCGGUGGGAACUGUGGUUUUCCUUGUAGUGGCAAUGUUUCAUGUCGUGUUUCUCUAUAACUGGAGCUGGCUAUUCAGAAGGGCUGAUUGCACGAAAAUAGACAUGAUUCCUGGCCCAAAACAAGUUCCCUUUUUUGGAAAUAUCUUUCUGCUGAAACAGCCUGAAGGAGGAUUAUCGAAACAGUUUCUCCGCCUGUACAAAGAAUAUGCCCCGACAUUUCGCCUAUGGGUGCUGGGAUUUCCUGAAGUGUUCAUCACAGAUCCGGAAGAUAUUGAGGUUAUCCUGAGUAGCCCGAGCCACAUUACGAAGAGCCUGGACUAUAAUCUGCUAAGAGCGUGGCUGGGAAAUGGCUUGCUUACUAGUGCCGGCAACAAGUGGCAUGAACAUCGCAAGUUCCUUACACCGGCUUUUCACUUCAAGAUACUUGAAGAAUACGUAAAAGUUUUCAAUUACAACAGCCAGAUUCUGGUCAAGAAACUUGAAGCACAGGUCGGAGAGCCCUAUGUGGACAUCACUUCCUACGUCACAAUGUGUACCCUGGACAUUAUAUGUGAGACAGCAAUGGGUAUACAGAUCCACGCCCAAAAUGAUGGUGAAGCGGAAUACAUCAAAGCAGUUAGAAGGAUGACCAAGGUAGUAGUCAAGCGACAGUUCACCCCAUGGCUGCACAAGGAUUACAUUUACUAUUCGUCUCCACUGGGCAGGGAAGAAGGUCGCCUCCUGCAAAUUCUACACGGCUUCACUGAUCAGGUGAUCAAAGAAAGAAGAGAAGAAUACAAGACCACUCACAAAAGCGAUGACAAUAACAAAUCACGCAGGAGGCGACGACUGGCCUUUCUGGACCUGCUCAUUGAAAUGUCAGAGAGGGAGGGACGUCUUUCAGAUGCGGAUAUCCAAGAGGAAGUGGAUACCUUUAUGUUUGAGGGACAUGAUACGACAUCUGUAGCUAUUUCAUGGGCCCUGCACUUGCUUGGAUCUCAUCCAGAAAUUCAGGACAAAGUAGUAAAAGAAUUACAGGAUAUUUUCGGAGAUUCUGGUCGGGAAGCAACUUACGAGGAUCUGCAACAGAUGAAGUACCUGGAGCAGGUGAUCAAAGAGGCUCUCAGGCUGUAUCCGAGUGUGCCAGCAUUUUCCAGAUAUCUGGAAGUUGACGUCAAGAUAAAGAACUAUACUCUUCCCGCCGGAACACAAACACCAAUCUUACCGUUUCUUAUUCACCGUAAUCCGAAAGUGUUCCCCAACCCUGAAGAGUUCAACCCAGACAAUUUUCUGCCCGAGAAAGUGCUGAACAGACACCCGUUUGCCUAUCUACCGUUCAGUGCAGGUCCCAGAAACUGCAUAGGUCAGAAAUUUGCUAUGCUUGAAGAAAAAGUUGUGUUGAGUUCUGUACUGAGAAAACUGAGGCUUCAGUCACUCGACACAAGAGAAGAUAUACCAUUGCUUUUAGAACUGAUACUCAGGCCGAAAGAUGGACUCCGAAUCAAGAUAUCUUCACGAUAAGAAACAAUACAUAUUCUUUGUAAUACAUACCAGGUCGGGUGAGGAACACAGUCCUGUCUUGAAGAAUGUUAAUGCCAACUUUAAGCGCAUAAUUCUCCGACAUGGCAUAAAGUAAGGAGUAAGUUCUGAUAUAAACGAGUCUUACGUUUUGUGCGGAUUGCAAACAGAAAUGCCGAGAGGAUAUAGAGGAUAGGUUGUGGUAGCAAUGCAGUGUUAUAUUCUACUGUUAGGGAAUAUAAACAUUUUCCUCUUCACCACCUUCUUUUCAUUUGCUGUAUCCGACCCCAGACUUUGUCCUUAACUUCAGUCACUUCAUGAAGCAAAAUGGACAGGAUACGUGUAAAAUUGUCGCCCUUAAAUCAGAGGCUCCCUUCCUUAGCGGGACAGUGCUUUUAGCACAUAACUCUUGUUUACUGUCAGACGGCUCAAAGAAGAGUGAAAGUAAUUGUCACGAACACUUUCGGAAAAGGAAGAAGGAGACUAGUUUUUGAAAUGUGUACGACAAAUAUUUUCAGUUUUUAUUAUGAUCAUAUAUUAUCAAAAAAACAAAAUAAUCUCUAUUAUGUUGUUGGGUAUUUAAAUUUGAACCCGUUUCGAAUAUUAUUAUAAGCUUUUAUUUUAAGAAUUAUAGCCAGUUUUGUAUGCUUGACACAAAUACAUGCCUACCUACACAUA